GUAGUUUCCAAACUUUUUAUACACAAAAAGUAAAAAGAUUGAGAAGGAAAAAAAAAAAGGCAUACUCAAUUUAACUACUCCCUCCGUCCUAACAUUAUUGUCUAUAUUGAAAUUUUACUUUUAGUACAAUUUGAACUAGAAAUGAAAAUACAAACCGGACAAUAAUGAUUUGAACUAGAAAUGAUUUAUUAGGGCCCACUCCACAUUUCAGCCAAUACACCAAACAUUAUUUUUCGGGCUUUUAUUGAUAUUUUCCACUCCACGUACUCAUUUUACCUCCCAUUUAUAUUUUCCACUCUUCCGCACUAACUCCACUAAAUCAGUGUUAUUUUGCAGUAAAUUCUCCAUUUUAAUUAAGCUCAAAUUUGCCCCAUUUUGUCAUCCAACUCAAUCUAUAAAACCAGAUUGAAACUCUUGAUCAGUUCUCUACCAAAAACAGAAGUCUCUAUCCCCUUCCCUUUAGAUUUCUUUUCCCACCCAUCAUUUUCAUUUUUCAUCAUCAUCAAUUCAUUGCUCUGCAUCAUCCCCAAGAUACAGAGCAUCAUCAUGUCAACUCCAACUCCAAACCCAUCUCUCUCUGUUUUCCUCCUCCUCCUCUCCGCCGUUUUCCUCUCUUCCAUUACCUCCACCCUCUCCGACACCGGCUCCGUCGGUAUCAACUACGGCCGUGUUGCCACCGACCUCCCAGGCCCAACCCAAGUCGUUCAGCUCCUCCAGAAAAACGGCCUCACAAAAGUCAAGCUCUACGACACAGACUCCGCCGUUCUCUCAGCACUCGCCGGCUCCGGCAUAUCCGUCACCGUAGCACUCCCAAACGAGAAUCUCUCCAUCGCUUCCUCCAGCCAAUCAUUCACCGACACAUGGGUUCAAUCCAAUAUCCUUAAUUACUACCCCAAAACUCAGAUUGAAGCCAUUGCCGUCGGGAACGAAGUUUUCGUCGACCCCAAAAACACCACCCCUUUCCUCGUACCCGCCAUGAAAAAUGUAUACGCUUCCCUUGGGAAAUACAACCUUUCCACCAUCAAAAUCUCUUCCCCUGUUGCUCUCAGCGCCUUACAGAGUUCUUACCCUUCCUCAUCCGGGUCGUUCAAGCAGGAGCUAAUCGAACCGGUGAUUAAACCGAUGCUGAGCUUUCUGAAACAAACCGGUUCUUACCUUAUGGUUAACGCUUACCCAUUUUUCGCAUACAUCGCUAACACUGACACGAUUCCGUUGGACUAUGUUUUGUUCAAUGGCAAAGGCGUAACGGACCCUAACAAUGGGCUUGUUUAUCACAGCCUUCUGGAGGCCCAACUCGAUGCGGUGUACGCCGCCAUGGAUGCUCUGGGCUUUAACGAUGUUAAGAUGGUGGUUUCCGAGACCGGCUGGCCUUCCAAAGGCGAUGAGAAUGAGGUUGGCGCUAAUCAACAGAAUGCGGCGUCGUAUAAUGGGAAUUUAGUGAGGAGAGUUCUAACCGGAAACGGGACCCCCUUGAGGCCCAAUGAGCCACUUACCGUUUAUUUGUUUGCUCUGUUCAAUGAGAAUUCAAAGCCUGGGCCUACUUCGGAGAGGAAUUAUGGCCUGUUUUAUCCAACCGAGGAGAAAGUUUACGAUAUCCCGUUGACGGCCGGGGAGUUGGUCGCGCCGGCCAGUGCUCCGCCGUCGGGGAAGAAUCAGGUGGUGACGAACUCGUCGUCCGGCGGAGGAGAUUUUAACAGCAGCGCGGUGGGCCAGACGUGGUGCGUGGCGAACGGAGAGGUUGCCCCGGAGAAAUUGCAAGAUGCGCUUGAUUUCGCUUGUGGUGAAGGGAAAGCAGAUUGUCGUCCGAUUCAGGAAGGUUCCACGUGUUACGAUCCCAACACAUUGGAGGCCCACGCCUCUUAUGCGUUCAACAGCUAUUAUCAGAUGAAUGCCCGGAAAAGUGGAUCCUGCGAUUUUGGUGGUGCAGCCUACGUUGUUUCUCAACCUCCCAAUUAUGGGGAUUGUAAGUUUCCUACGGGUUAUUGACGAAAACGACAUUGAUGGAAGAAGGUUACAGAACAGAUAUGGGGACACAUUUUUAGAUAAGGAUUUGUUUGGAAAUUAGUUUUGAAGUAUUCGGCCGUUUCGGCAAUCUUGAGUUUUAUUCUUCGUAUAAUAAUUUAAUUAUUAGUGGUUAUUAGUACCAUUCAGUAGUAUAGUUAGUAGCCGAGUAGAAAUAGUAUAUACACAUUCGAUUUUGGUUGGGUUUGUUUUGACAUCUUCUCUGUAACUACAUACCUACCCGUGGAUAAAUAUAUGAUGACAAAAUUUCGUAAAGU